AACAAGAAAGAGCAAGGGUGAUUCCGUGUCAUCCAUCGCUUCGUCUAUUCCAUCAUCCAUCAUCGUCAGUAUUUACUUGUAGCCUCUCCCUCGAUUUGAUCGUUCCUCUCUCUCUCUGCUGAGAAACAAUUGCAUUGCGCUGUUUGUUUCUCUCUCCUUCUUUUCUCUGCCAGUGGCGCAGUGCAGGAAACGAGGGAGAGAGUUUCAUUUCAUUGGGAAGCUAAAACCCCACCCUUUGUUUCCACCAUUCGCUCACCCUUUCUUCUUUUGCCGUGCAUUUUCUCCUUCCUUCUCACUACUCCCUCUCAAUCUCAGCUGAAAGCGCUAAUAGGCGUUAAGAUUUAAGAAAGACUAUAAGCCCUAUUUUUGUGCAGACUUUGUCAGGCUAGCCACAGUGGAGAAAAAACCCUCUUCAACAGACCACAACUACAGCACAACGAUUACUGUUUUGGAUUUUUCUGUAAAAGUUCUGAAACUUGUAGCAUAAAAUCCGGGGGAGCCCUAGAGACAACUCAUCUUAGGAGCAAAAGAUUAGAUGGAGGAAAGAAAGAGAGAAGGGUUUAGUGGCUAGGUGAUAAAUUUUGAACUAGUGUAGUGUAGGUGAUAAAGAAAGAGUGAAUGGGUGUGUUGGUGAAUUGGUGAGGAGGCAAUGGAGGGUGGUUCUAACGAGGCUUCUAGUGUGAUGGGCUUUGGAGAGAAUACAAGGAGUAGUGGGGUUUGUCCAAUGAUGAUGAUGCCUUUAGUGACUUCUCAUCAUGCUGGUCAUCAUCCAUUAAAUCCUAAUCUUAAUAAUCCCAAUCCCAAUCCUAAUGAAUACACAAACACGAACUCUCUCUUCCUUCCCAUGCCUUGUACUAAUAACAAUCACCGUACAAACCGCAAUACCACCGGCAACUCCUCUAUCUUUCAGGACAAUAACCAUAACACCAACGCUGCGUUAGGGUAUUUCAUGGAGAUCCACCACCACAACAACAACAACGAUGGAAGCUCCUCUUCCUCUUCUUCCGCUGUCAAAGCCAAGAUCAUGGCCCAUCCUCACUAUCACCGUCUCUUGGCAGCCUAUAUCAAUUGUCAAAAGGUUGGGGCUCCACCUGAAGUGGUGGCAAGGUUAGAAGAAGCAUGUGCAUCUGCUGCAGUGACAAUGGCAGGUGGCACAGCUAGCAUAGGCGAGGAUCCAGCGCUGGAUCAGUUCAUGGAGGCUUACUGUGAGAUGCUGAUUAAGUACGAGCAAGAGCUCUCCAAACCCUUCAAGGAAGCCAUGCUUUUUCUUCAAAGGAUCGAGUGCCAGUUCAAAUCUCUUACUAUUUCUUCUUCCGACACCGAUGUUGAUGUACACAACAUAAUAGAUCCUCAGGCAGAGGACCAAGAAUUAAAAGGCCAACUCUUGCGCAAGUACCGUGGAUACCUAGGCAGUUUGAAGCAGGAAUUCACAAAGAAGAGGAAAAAAGGCAAACUCCCCAAAGAAGCAAGGCAACAAUUACUUGAAUGGUGGAGCAGACAUUACAAAUGGCCUUACCCAUCUGAAUCUCAGAAGCUGGCUCUUGCGGAAUCAACAGGGCUGGAUCAGAAGCAAAUUAACAAUUGGUUUAUUAAUCAAAGGAAAAGGCACUGGAAGCCUUCAGAGGACAUGCAAUUUGUGGUGCUGGAUCCAAGCAAUCCACGUUACUACAUGGAAAAUGUUCUGGCCAAUCAUUUUCCCAUGGAUCUCUCCCAUACAAUGCUCUAAAUAACGUUUUGGUGUUUGUAUGGUCUCAAAAGCAUGUUUUGUGUCAUAAUGCAAGGCAUUUGUAAUAAGAAUGUUACUUUAGUUAGUAACCAUAUUUACAAAUUAAAGGAGAUAUAUAUCCUAAUAUUAAUCGUU